AUGAGAGAAUUAAUACUAGUACGCAAACUCGAAGAAGAAAAUGCAAAGAGAAAACAAACCGGCGACACAAUAAAAGAUACCUCGGUUUCUGGAAGCCUGUCUUCAGAAAGGCAUAGUAACGAACCUACAAAAGAAGACCUUUACAGUCACAAGGAUAUAACAAACUCAAGUAGUCCCACAACGGAUGCAAACAACCAAAAUCCUCCAUCCUCUAACGAAAGCCAAGAGAUACCAGCACCCGAAAUAGAAAAUUUUGUCAAUAAUAAAGAGCACCUUUCUGAUACUCUGUCACAACUUGAAGAGAAUGUCUAUACAGAGAAUACCAACUUGGAUGAAAAUCAAAUUGUAAAUUCUAUGGAAAAUACACAUACGGCAUUAGAUUCAUCUAUAAACAAUUUCCCAGAAAUAUCAGAGGAAGAAAGAAGGCAACAGGAAGAAUCUGCAUUGGAACUGAAGACAAGACGCGAGAGUUUGAAAGAGUUUUUCAGGCAGCAACAGCCUUACGUAAGAGAUACUACAGAUACCAUUCCUAUUUCAACAGGGACUGUAUCAUUAGAUGCAGAUAAGGCUAUUGGAAGUCAAGAAACAACGGGAAAACUUCCACAGUUAAAGGAGGAAAAUACGAUAAAUGGUGCCUCGGACGAAGCAGAAUCCGUUGCAAAACUACCCACUGCUGAAGAUGAACCGAAAACGACGAGUAUGGAGAAUAAAAAUUUAUCUGUUCCACCCUUAGUUGAACUAAGUCCUGAUGAAAAACGGCAGAAAGCUGCUGCUUCUCGAGCUAUGCAGAAGAAAAAUCUCAGAGAAAUGAUGAAACAGAAGCGACGCCAAGUCAAUGCUGAACAAAAGGAAGAGAGUGACGGCAAUGUAAUCAUUAUAACACCAGAUACGAAAAGUAAUACUGAAACCGAUCCACAAGCUACAGGGGAUGUUCAAGCCAACGCUGGCGUUACGGAUCCGGAUUCAGACGGAUCAGUUGACUUGGACGCACUAAUUGCACAGGGCAGCGAUUUGGAUUCAAGCAAUAUUAAUUUGGAGAUUGAUGGUGUGAAUGAUGACGAUGAUGACUUUUGGAAAGUUGAUUCUUCGGAGCUAGAGAAACGCUUGACACCAUCCACCUCUCCGUUACGUCAGCUGUCUCCUGAUCCACGAAAUUUGCCAUCUAUGGCUGAAGUUAUUGAAGAAGAAGAGGAUUUGAGCGAUACCAUUCUUGCAGUUGACGACCAAGAAGUCGAUGAUCUUUGGGGCUCAUCAGCGAAUACACAUAAUUAUGAAUUGGAGUCAAAAGAGGAGGACGAAUUUGACAGAUCUUUGGACACACAAAUAACACCGUCAAACGGUUCUCAUACGUCCGUUAGAUCAAACAGUAGCUCAAAGUCUGGAGCGUCAAGUAUCCGCAGACCCUCAACAACGAUGGGUAUUCGUGCUCCUAGUAGAAUUAGUUCUCACGGUGCUAUUUCACCCUCAAGAAUAGGUUCACCAAAUUAUUCUGGCAUAGCGACGCCGAGUCGAUCUCGUUCAAUGAGUAUAGUGAGUAACAGUUCAGCCGAAGAGAGCACUACCUCCUCAGCUGGUGGGGCACAUUCACCAAUACGAAUUGCCUCACCGACACGCGGACUCAGAACACAUCAAGGUAUCACAUCAGGCAUACCAACCGGUGCACGUCCAAGAUCACGAAGCAAAGUCAGUACGAGUUCGACCGAUGAAGGGUUGACUAGAAGUAGCACGCAAAUUAGAACGACGAAAACAUCCAAUAUAAUUUCACCUAACAAGAAGAUCAAAAAUGGCGUCCCUGAGGCAACGAAUAGUAAAAUAGCGAGUUCUAAAGUACCAUCCACAAGAAUUACCUCACCAACGCGUGGACUCCGAUCACCACAAGCUAUCACAUCGGGUAUACCGACUGGUACCCGUCCAAGGACGCAAAGCAGAAUUGGUACAAGUUCGACUAGCGAAGGGUUGACUAGAUCUGCUAGUGUAGCAGGAACUCCUACACGCUCAUUGAAUAGAAGUAGCACACAAAUCGGGACCACAAAAACUUCUAGUACCGUUUCACCGGCUAAGAAGACUAAAAGCGAACAUAUCAACUGGUUUUCAUGGUCAUUCUGGAUAUCCACAAUUGCUCUUCUCAUUCUCCAAUUUGUCAAUUUCAUUCUCUCUGUCGCGUGGCAAAGAAGCACGGCGGUCGAGUGUACUCAUGAACUUAAUUAUCUGAUUGUGGGGAAUUCGAGUUCGACUUUGGUCCCGUUAAAUCAGAGCUCUGUGGAUCCACAGGUUCUUUAUGAUGCAUGUAAACAGGCUUCUUCACUGUAUAUAUGUUGGACUCUAAUAGAGUUGGUUAUAGUGCAGUUUAUGCUAUUUGUCUACUUUGGACUCGUUGUUAAUGCAUAUAAACGGGAUUUACGGAAAGAAGGAAAAGUUAUCUCUGAUGAACAUGACGCCGAUGGGAGGGAUGUGCGCAGUAACAACAAAGAGAACAUUGAACGUGAAAAAGUUGGUCUUGAAGCACCCGCCGAAGGAGAAUAA